AUGGUAUCUCAUGCGCCAUCCCCGGGUGGACACGACGGCCUGAGCAGACCUGAUCUUGAGUUCGAACGAUUUGAAUACCUGCGCAGUCCUCGUGUGUCUGCUCAUUCCAGUGGUACUGAAACAGGGCUGUCAAAAACACAUAACACAUCUGUGCAGACGCGGGACCCGCAUACAGACAGUAAACCAAAGCGACCAGGGUUCGAUUGGGAAGGCUCUUGGGCAUGGGAAAUCGCAUCUCUUACCCUAUCCGUCGUGGGCGUUGCUCUUUUGAUUGCCUUUCUUGUCACAAUAAACAAUACUCCAUAUGAGGACUGGCAAUAUACUGCGUCCCCUAAUACUGUCGUGUCGAUUAUUGUCACCGUUACCAAAGCCGCAUUGUUCGUCCCAGUGUCAUCAUGUCUUGGUCAACUAAAAUGGAAUCUAUUCCAAAGCCCAGCGCCACUAUAUCACAUGCAGGUUAUUGACCAGGCAAGCCGGGGGCCCUGGGGAUCGUUGGAGGUUUUACUGAGGGGAGUAUUUGGGUCGAAAACAGGAAUCCUGACUUAUGUCGGCGCGUCCCUUACGAUCUUGGCUCUUGCAGUGGACCCAUUUGCACAGCAGAUUUUGACGUUCCCUCAACGAACCGUUCCAGCACUGAAUGCCACUGCAUCUAUCCAAACAUCAAAACAUUGGUACUCAGGAGAGGGUUCUGAUUUCAGUGACGUGCGUCUUGAGCUUCCACCAAGCCUUUUAAGUGCAAUAAUAGGUGGCAUCUUGCAGACACAUCGUCCUCUGGAACCCCGAUGCAAUGCAGGCUCUUGCGACUUCCCAGGGUUUUCUUCACUGGGGAUAUGCAGCAAAUGUGAGGAUGUCACACCUCAAACUAAGCAAACGUGUCGGAAAGUCGGUCCAGCGUAUUGGGGCGACGACAUCCACCCGGCGUUCAAGGAAAUCACUAUUAAUUGUACCUACCAAGCCCCGAAUAACCUCUCCUUCGAUUUUGAAUCAUUUCCACAAUUCUCCUACGGCCUGGAAUCAGAUCCAUACAAGAACGACCAUCUCACAUUCCGUAUUGGGCGCUGGAGUCUACGUGCAAGGGCGGGGGAGCCAAUUUUGGACAUCCAGGCCCCGAUUGUCUCCCUCUUUGAGGUGGACUAUACGAACCCGGUUUUCUACAAUGUAUCCAAUGUGACAGCCCCACCAACAAAGCCACUGGUAAAUGAAUGUGCGGUAUACUUUUGCAAACGAGAAUACCCAGCGAUCACCUACGUGCCUGGCGACCAAAACAGCAGCUCCGUGCAUGUUGCUGAUACACAGGAGCUCAUUGCUCAGGGUGUCAGCGAUCACACCCCAGGAUUCCCUUAUUACUUUGCACCACCAAACGCGCCGCCAACUCCUUCAGAAGACCUGCAAUACAGCAUGGACUUCCUGACGUUCACCAGCUUCAGACCUCUUAUGAUGAGCCUUUUCAACAGUACAUAUAAUAUCGCCAAGCGGAACUCAACCUCAGAUACCUUGAAACUGGCAACGUUUCUACGAAGGACUGACCUCAGCGAAAUACUCGAUUCGGUGUCCACCAGCGUCAGUGAUACCAUUCGCACUAAUGAGUAUGGUACCACGCUUUCCGGGGAGGCACAUCGCGACGAAACAUUCAUUCGUGUCCGAUGGCCGUGGAUUAUUCUUCCCGUCGUUGUUACUUUGGGAUCAAUUGCGCUGCUUCUGGGGACUGCAAUUGGAAGCAAACAGAAGAAAGCCAUGCUGUGGAAGUGCAUGGUGCUUCCGUUGAUAGCAAGCCACUUCGAUACGACACCAGAGAACGAAAUUGCGUCUGUGCGCAGAGUGGAUGGAAUGACGGAUAUGUCGAAGAAGAUGCGCGCUGUGGUGGUUCAGGAUGAAGGCCCGAUUACAUUCAAGGAAAAGGAAAAUUAG